CUCUCAUCAACGCCCAACAAUGCCUCGACUCUAUCUUAAUAUAAGAUUCUAAUGAAUCUAAACUCUCUUUGAAAAUAGAACCACUAGGUUUCCAGCCUAUACUGCCUUCAAGAAACAAUGUCCACCAACGGACAGCCACCUCGUCAAUUCACACUUCGACAGCCGCCAUACACAUACUAUCACCUAUCUCUACGCCGUCUAGCCCUGACUUCUCUACAGCCACAGGAGUCAGUGGACGAGAUUACUGCGCGGACUCAUCUGAGCUCGGCCUUGCAGCAGUACCUAGGUCUAACUGGAACGGCGAUUUCGAUCGACAUUUUGAAAGUCCAAGAUUGCAACGUCUGGAUCCGUGUGCCACAAGAUGACGAGGUCGGUGUCACUGCGAGUUUGAGCCAGUGGGUUGGCACCAAGGACUUGACAUGGAAGAUCGAACAGAAGGGGACAUGGUUGGGCGGAGUCACAGGCAGAGCCACUGGAGGACGACAGCUAUGGGAUAUGGGUGGUGAGGCCCAACGAUGAUUAUCUAUCUGAUA